AUGCCCACACGCCCUGCAAAGAAGUCGGUUCUUCCAAGCUAUCCCACGUAUAUGCACACGACGCUCCAACUAACUGCUGUCUUCAGGCAACUCCCCCCCAGCAUUGUCACUAGUCCAUUCUUCCCUAAUAUAUUUGCACCCUUGCUCGCACUGGAUCCUCACCCCGCCAGUCUUCCCAAUGGUCCUGAUCAGCUAUGGGCCAGGAUGUCGACCCUCACCAAGACUCACUAUCCCAAACCCGACGACGCAGUCCUUGCAGCCCGUGCGUCUCAGAACAUAAGGAGUACAACCCUCGAGGUCCUAAAUGCCGGAAUCAGCCGGUGUUUCGAGAAAGGCCCCAACCAGGUCUUCCUCAUAUUCCACAGUCUAUUCGACGCCGCCAUGAAGGGGGAAACGGACGUCAACGGGGAUCCCUGGGCACCGCCUGAUGAGGUCAAGGUCGAUCUGAGUCGAUGGCUUUAUACCUUCUCGCCCACCCACGUCCUCGAUACCGCUAGGAUAUAUACAGUCCUCAUCAUCCUGCUCGCCUGCAAAGGUGAUUCUCAGUCCCUUAUCGCUGCCACCAGAUUUCUCGCCCCAACCCCCGAGCUCUUCCUCUCAAUGAACGAUAUAAAACACCACCCCUCUGCCGAUCUCACUGCCCUCUUCAACAGAGCCAAAAAGGCCGCGGUUGACGGUAAAAUUGGCAAGACAACGGUAAUACCCGUGCAUCUCGUCGACGUGGAGCUCGUCCGGAUUGCAAAGAUGAACCUCCCAACAGGAGACUACCCAACCUUCGAACACUGCUUCGUCAUUGGCGUCGCCCGUGAAGGGUGGCGCCUCUACCAGGCCUGGGGGACCCCCAACAAACGGCGCGGAUUCAGGCUUGACGAGUGGAUAAUGGCAGAUGGGAACCGGGUCCGGUCGUGGGAAGAAGGCAAGAAAUGGAUGCGUUUGUUCGAGCGAUUUGUCGGUAAGAGAGGGGACUGGACUGAAGAACUUAAUGAGAUUUACAGAGACCUCUUUAUUCCCCACAUGAAGGACUCUGCAAAGAGAAGGGGACUUUCCAAUUUGGUCAUCCUUCACUUUCGGCCCCAUGUGCGGGCUUUUGGACCUAUGGAUGUCGCCAUUGAAGAUAUUCAGAAGUUCAGGAUUGUCGAGCAGACCGAUACUCAGACCCAGACCCAGUCCCAGUCCACUCCCAGGCCGGAAAGUCCAACUGAAUCAAAAUCUGCUGGUUCUUUAUCCAUGACCUGUGAACAAGCUGAGGAGUGGUACAAAUCCACCUACGGACCCGUUGAUACCACGACAUCUGGCUCACAAGACCCGUCCAUCUACGCCUCACUUACAACAGAGUCGACUACUGACGCUGCAAAAUCGGCUAAUUCUUCCGCUGAAAAGGCCAAAGAUAAACCACCCCGUGGAUUCUUUGGUCCCACUGGGCUUCCUGUGUGCGCGUGCUGUGUGAAACCUGUUAAGGGAGCCUCUACCAGACCCGCCACCCAACCUUCCGCCAAAACGGUUGCAAAGGCCAGUGCAAAGGCUGCCGGUAAAGCCCCGGUUAAGGAUAUAUCUUCUAUCGAAGCUGAGACAGACACACCUGCUUAUGAUGACAUCGAUGGUGAUGGUGAUGGUGAUGCUGAUUCGGACACGACAAUCUUUAUCGACCACGAUUUCUACAUCAAGACCAGGAUUCCUGUUGGGGCUGGAGCCUUUUAUAAUGGCGAAGGACCAUCCCCGGUUGAUACCUCACACGAAUCUCUCAGCACUGCUCUUGCCAACGUGGAUGCUGAAAUCGAUUCUGCGCUUGGUGUUGCCAAAGCUAAUAUCAAUACUAUUCCCCAGUAUGGGACUUUUUGCAGCGAUAGUGGUGCAGUUGAGCCUGAUGUCCAAGCCCUAACUGAAACCAUGUCGGAGUUGGAUAUUAAAUCUGAAGCUGUCAGCAAUGCCGAACUUGAAUCCCCAGGCAAUGCUUCUCCCAGGUUCAAUGCGGAGGUCGAACCGGUGUUGAAUCUGGCCAGAACCAAGCUGGAUGGGAUUCGAGAUUACAGCUCCCAUUUCGGCUUUCGGGGUCUUCCUCCCUUUCGUGUGGCAGACAAUACUAAGUCUUGUCCCCAGUCUGAUACUGGUGUAGACAUGCAAGUUGGCGUUGAAUCUAAGGGUGAAGUUGUUUCUGCCGGAGUCGAUACUGCUCUUGAUCGAGUUGAGAUCGAGCCUCCUACUACAGUCACUUCCAACAUCGACAUCGAAGUUGAAGCCGAAGCUGAGCCUGAUAUCGACGUCGGCGCCAGUGUUGGUAGUAUUGCUGGUGUCGACACGGAAACGGUCAUAAAAGCUACUUCUGAACCUGAUGCCAAGGCAGACCUGGGACUGGAUACUGAGCCCGAGACUGAAGUUCUUGCUGAGGCGGAAUCUCCUGUCAAGUCUCCUUCCAAAGUCGAUUCUGGUGUCGAAGUAGACACUGCAGACGUUGAAGCUUCUAUUGACAAGACUCCUGCUCAAGUCGAGACAGAUCUUCCUGUUACGGCUCCCUCUGGAUUCAGUACCGAAGAGAAGGCUGAAGCCGCAGUUGAUGUUAAAUCGGAGCAGCCUGUCAUCGAGAAAUCUUCUGAGCUCGACAUCAGCGCCGCUGACUCUGCAGAUGUCAAGCCCCACGUCGCUGUCGAGACUUCUGCCCAUCUUCCAGUCAAACCUCCUAUCCCAGCUUCCUCUAAAGCCAAAUCUAGAGGUAGAUCCAGAAGGAAAUCCGCAGCCAAUACCUCAAACAGGGCCAUUCCCAAAGUUAAAACUACAGUCAAGCCGCCACCCAAAGUCAACAUCCCUGCUAGGUGGAAGCUCACGCCCAUCCCGGAGCAGGACGAACACCGCCAGCCUACCUCAGAAGAUGAAUCAGAUGGAGGGGUAUCUCUCAAUGUGCACGACGGCUCGGAAAGUAGAUUCCAGGAGCUGAACUUAGGGGUUGCAAGAUGGGAAACAAGCAGAGCCAGUCACGCUGGGAGAGCGAGAAUGAACCAGAGACGUGAUUACAUGCAGGCGUUUAAUCUUGCGGGUCCGGCUUGGAAUGCGGAGUUGGAUAGAUUUAGAAUGGGAUUAAGGGCUUAUAAUUGGUAA